CUACACUUUGUCAGUUGCUACCAAUAUUUUUUCUAUAUUUUUUUUAACUGAGUCAUUUUUAUUCAUAUUUUAAAUUUCCCACCAAUAUACUUAAAAAUAAAAUAUAUAACUGCAGUCACGAACGUUGCUGACAAUUUCGCGGAGGGAUCUAUACGCGGUCUCUGGCUCUGGUGUGGAGGGGGAUUUGAAUCGCCUUCUGCUCUUUUUUUUGAAAGUCUUUUUAUAUUGUUAUAAACGUCCGUUAAGACAGUUGUGUUCUUUUUAUAACAUAAAAGACCCGAGUGUUCUUUUAUAUAUUUUUUAACGAGAGACAACCAAAGUAUCUAAAUCCACAAGAUGGCUACAGCAGAGAUCAGCACUGUCUCCUGUGAGGGUGAUCAGGAGGGAGCUGUGUCGCCUCCCUCAGUAGAGGACACCCCCUCAGUUUUAAAUCAAACCUCAGCCCCCCUGAAUUUUUCUGAGCUCACCCCAAGUCAGUUUGGCAUCUCUGUGCAGAGUUUUACCCCAGCAGUAUCAUCAAAUCGCAAAGAUAAGUCUCGUCUAGCACAGCUGAAAGCCAGGCGGAGGUCCAGUGUUGGCGUCCGGGGCUCCCCAGAGACAAAUUCUCUAAUCUGCUUCAUGGCACAACAGAAGAGGAAGACUCCACCGGCAUCCCAAACUCCAGAGCUUGUCAGAAGUAGCCCCUUCCUUCCCCGGGUCGCCUCCACGCUGAGGCAGAAGAUGGCUUCCUUCCAGAGCCUGAUGGAUGUGGAGGAGAAUGAUGCCUGUGAUCCGGUGCCAGCGCAGGACAGCAACACUGGAGGAUGCAUCAAGACAAGAGAUUAUCUGUCUGAUGGGAACAGCCAUGAUGGAGGGAAGGAGAACGACCCUCCAAUGAUGCCUACACCCAGCAAGAGGAGGCGCACCAGCAGCCCCCCCGAAGGCUGCAGUGUGGAGAUUAGAGAGGCCAGCACGCCUACCCUCUCCUCCACUUUGAUGGAGCAGGAGGAUGAGGUCUUUGAACUCCAAAGCCUCAGCCGACCACCUCCUGAUGAUCCUGCAGCCGUUUCGCCACCGCAGCGUUCCUCCCCCUUCCGCAUCCCCUCACUCCCUUUGUUGCCGGAGAUGAAGCCCACAGCCUUUGAGGCUCGAUGCACAGUGGCUUGCUCCAGUGUAGCCAAAGGUUCCGCUCGGCUGAAUUGGUGCAUAUUCAGCGAAGAAGUCGAUAAGAAACGUGUGCGUUUUGGAGGUCCCCUCUCUCCUGAGUUUUUCGAUAAGAACCUGCCUCCGAGCACCCCAUUACAAAAGGGAGGCACACCGGCCCGACCACAAACUCCCGGUGGGAGCUUACAGCUUCGUUCAGUGCUGAAGACACCGCAGAGUGAAUCCAAGACACCCAAAUGUCGGCCCGACUUCAGCAGCCCGACUGCGUUUGGUGCUUCUCCUACACUCACAAUGCCUUGCAAGUCCAGAAUGCACUCUGAGGGAGACGAAGAGGAGGUAAAGAUUGUUUUCCCUUCGGUGGAGGAGAUUGGCUCUGCUGUGGCGAGUGAUACAGAAUGGGCGUGGGAUGCCCAGCCAUUGAAUUUAAACAGUGCCUUCUACGAGGAGUCUCUCUCUCAGCUUCUGACAGAGUCUGACACCAACCCCAGCACAACCUCCCAGAUGGAUGACCAGUCUGAGCCUGACUCCCUGCCAGAGAAGCAACCAGACGCUGGAGUUGGAGGUCCAACUGCAGCCCGAUCCAGCAACAGAAGGAGAAAGUCAGCACCAAAACAAGGACUUGGAAGCGAACCUCAAGCUUGCUCCAGCAGCCGAAAGAGGAAGCUGCCAGAAGAGAGUGAACCUGUGAAGAGGUCGGCACGGUCUGCUGCCAAGUUGGCCUCUGGGAAGAUGAAGAUGACCUCCAGCACAACGCGUCGAUGGAACAAGGACGUAGACCGCUCGCUGUACGGCUCGCGUGAAUAUGCCUCCAAGAACCCCGCCCUGAGUCCCAUCACCGAGAGGCUGUCCUUCAUCAGUCAGUCUCCAACAGCACAGGAGACUCCUUCAAUCAGCUGUAUGGCUCCAGAUCAGGAAACCCAGCUGAAUCCUGAGGUAACUAAUGAAACUCAAGUGAUACACGACCUCGCUGUGACAAAUGCCUCAGAAACCACUGUAGAAGAUUCUGUCACAUCGCCCAGCUUGAGUGAAAAAAGUGCCGCCGGGCAGGACAGCAGGCUGUUGGGGGUGAGGGUCAGAGGAAGACGACUGAAGAAAAGGAAGGUCAGUGUCGCUGACAGUGACCUGACCAGAGGAGAGACAGAGCAGCAGCUCUAUGAAGAGCAAACCACUACAAGCCUUGAGCUAUCAACGAGAACCCCUUCUGUACAUGAAGAGAGACAAGAAGACACUGUAGAACUUUGUGCCCAGACCUCUGCAGAUACACCCUGCACAGAGUCAGAAUGUCACGUGAGUGCACAUGUACCUACUUCAGACUGCCUGAACAGCACAGAGCCAGCACACGGGAAAGCCAAGCAUGGCAGGAGGAGCUCUGUAAGCAGCUCAGUGACAGCGGAGCAGGAGAACUAUGUAAAGAAGCACCAAACCAGCUGUGAAGAGGAGGAGGAAAGACAGGGAGACCGAGCAGCAAGCUCACAGGAAAACAUCCAGUCAAGCUCUGAUAGCCAGGAAGAGGGGGAAACGGCUCAUGUGGACCUUGCUCCCUGGCAAGCUGACUUUAAUUUUGAGGAUGUGUUUAAACCAGUUUGCACUAGAGGGCAGCGCUCAGUGCGGCGCAGCCUGAGAAACCAGAGCAACGCUGAGAACAGCAGCAGUGCAGGGCUCACCUGGCUGCCUCGUACCUCUCCCGAGUCCAGCAAAGAGACCCGCAGGAGGACCCGGGGCCGUCGGCUCAGUGCUGCUCUGCCCAGCCAACCGUCACUCCCUGAGGAGGCGGGAGAUGCCUCCUGAGAUCAUUUACCUAACUUAAUGAACUGAGACAACUAAAACAUUGAUUUUUUUUCUUUCUUUUGUUUCUUUCUCUGUGAAUUAUUAGAGAUGACCAGCAAUUUGUGAGUGGUUUCCCUCCAGUAACUAAGCUAGUCAAUAUGCUGAGAGCUCAAUCAUCUCUGCUGACCACCUAAUCAAUAUCGUGGCACUCGGCUGGUAAUCACAGUGCAUCUUCAGUCUGCCUCUACAAAGUCACUGGAUCAGGAAAUGAAGUCAAUAUCUGCUCCUGAGGCUGGAUGAAGAUGGCUGUGUCGCAUUCACCAAAUGUGUCAGCCAAAGGCAGGCGGGCUUUACACGGAGAACUUAAAUGAAUGUGCUCAAGUAAUUCUGCUUAAUUGUGAUUGGUUGUUGUUGUUGUUGUUUGUUUUUUAAUAAUCUAAACAGUUGUGGUUAUUGAAAAGCAGAUGCUUGUAAGGUACAGUUUGAACCUUACAAGCAUCUGCUUCUAACUAAAUAUAUUGCCUCCAUGUAAAGAUGGCACAUUAGAACAAACUGUGUUCAUUUAAAAGGAUGCUUUAGAUUCAUUUAGAGCAAAUUAAUCCAGAUAAUAAAGCAGCCGCUUGUCUCCACAAACGUGACGUUCCAGCUGUGUGUGGUCACUCGAGUUCAAGUGCAGCAGCUUUCCCUUUAGCAUAAACCGUCCUGUUCUGUAUUUUAAACAUGGCCAAAUGCCUGAAAGUAAAUUGACCUCUAACCUCCACCCAAGUUCCAGCGGUUAUUGAUUUUUAAAAUCUGUUGCUCAGUACCGGCUCCAUCCAUCUGUCACAGAGGGCAGUAACAAAUUGAGUUUCAGAUUCAGUUCACAUAGGAAAAUUGGCUCGCAGAAUGAUGCAUGACUGUAAUCUAUCCAUCACUGAGUAAUUGACUGCCUCCUUUUACAUCAAGUCAGUCACUUGGCUGAAGGACGACAGAGGUUUUUGGCCCCACUAGUGAUCUGCCAAGGCCUUUUUCUGCUCUCUAUUCCCACCGGAAGACAGAUGGACAAAAUCAUAAACCCACUAAUGUGAUGUUGUGUGGCUGCAGUGGGGCCACACUGCCAUCUGGUGGCACUCUUGCAGAAUUGCUGCUUAUUGAUGUGCCGCUCCUGGGAGGGUGCGUCAGGAAAUGAUGCUACUGUCAAGAGUGGGAAUAAUAUAAAUGUGUGGAAGUUCAACUUUAUGGAUGGCUGCUACUGCUUGGAGAGAGAAAAAACACACAGACUAGGCUCGUGUGUGUGCGUUUUUCUGCUCGACUGUGACGCUGUGUGUUUGUCUGCUCUUGUCUCUUUUAAAACUUGUAUCAUCUUUGUAAAUGUGCAGUUUAUAGAGUUGAAGCCAAACUGCUGCACCUCUAUAAUAUGAGUGGGUGUUGGGUGUGUUGUCUGUGAGAGAGAGCGCGGGAGUGUGUGUGUACGUGAAGGGUGUGAAGCCCCUGUCCCUGGCAGACGGGCAUACUGAAGGCGGCUUAACACAAGAACAAUGGGGUCCUUUGACCAAAACGACACCCCCAAGACAUGUGGCCUCCUGUCACCGUGGCAACCCCCCAUGGGACAGAGCAGGAUGACAGCUGGAGAGGAGGACUUACAAAAAUGGAGUCCAUUUCUUUCCACUGAAGCUCUCCCGGCUCUAUAUCUUUUCCCCUCUUCCCCCGGGCCUCCUCUACACUUUGGCCCUGGUCAAUGCAGGAUACAUCUCAUUUUACAGCUCCGUGUGAUUGACCUUACAGGCUUCACUUGCCACCUACAAAUCCUCCAGAGGGAAAAAUAAAUAAAUUAAGAAUCAGCACCAACAAUAAAUCAGCUCUUUAUUGGCUCUCAUUACUGUCCGUAAUAAGAGCGCAUUGAGCGUCGCAGACAAAUACACGGCUGAGCCACAAGAUUUCACACUCGCUCUGCUCUUGAUUUUCCGCCUCAUUUCAAAACGGAUGAUCACUUUCUGUACGAGCACAAAGAGACAUAAUCAGUUAUUUGUACUUCCAGAUUUAGAGACCUUGGUCUUUCAAUUAGUUAAUUAGUAACUGAAUGGUAUUAAGUUGUCCCGCUGCCUGUGGCCUUUCUGCGCUCUGUGCUGCGAGCCUUCUAUUAUUGAUGUUCAGAGGCACGAUCUGUAAGCCAUACACAGCUCUCCUAUGGAGCUGAAGACAGCAGGAGGAGGGCGACAAAACAAAAGGCAGGACAACAGCAAGAGACCCUCGAGCUACUCUGUUUGGUUUGCUGUCCCAGUGUGUCUGCAUGCUGCGACUGGCUCAAACCUGUUUAAGAAAGCUGCCUCUACACACAGACGAGAGGGCGUAAUCUAGGAAUCCAAUACUGGGAACAUACUAGGACAUCGUAAUCGGUCAUUUAGUGCUGCUACUUUAAAGCAGCCUUGGAUUAAAGUUGGGCUCAGAAAUUUUAACAGUGGAGCUUUCAAUUUAAUUUCCCUUUUAGUUUUAAGACUAGGGUUAAUCCAUGUGUGGGAAAGUGUCUGCACAAUUACAGCUGUGACUAACAAUUGGGUAAUCUGUCUCAUCCCCCCCAAAAGUGUCCAUAAUCAUAAAGAGAGCGUUUACUUUUUUCAUAAUUCCUGUUUCCAUAAUGGUUGAUCAAACGUUAUGGACAGCUAUUUUUAAUGCAAAUAUACAUUUGUAGUGUUCAUAUUUACAGAAAGCAGGGAAAGAAACAUUAAAACUAUUUUUCCAUUAA